AUGACGAUGUUGUGUUACCCAAUUCCCAUACCUAAAACGAAAAAGAUUGCUUUCGAGAAAGUGAUCCAGUUUAAGGAAACAGACACGAAUCUUGAGCUCAACAACUUAAGCUUGAAACGUAAACAAGUCGAGGAUAUCAUGAACAGAAGCUUCCUUGGGACUGAAGCUAUUGUAAGAGAGGAUCUUCUUAGAAUCGAAGAGUACCUUACUUCACUUCAAAAUUUGAUAGAUAACCUGAAUAAGCCUUGUAAUGAAGCCACGAAAAAUAGUUUCUAUAAGAGUCUCAAGAUAUUAUGGAGCAGUCCUUUGACCUAUUGUUGUAAGCCUUCAAAUGGUCUAAGCUUCACUCGUAUACUUCAGCGUAAAUGCAAAUGUAAAUCUUCAUCAUUCUACCAAGUCAAUGGAAUAUUGUUCGAGCUAUAUAUGGUUCAAUUUCUUUACGCUCUAAAGCUCAGGGAGAAAGCAAUGGAGUUAAUCCCCACAGAUAUGGUGCAAUCAACUACCGCUUAUCGUGAAGCAGCUGGUGUUUUUGAUUAUCUGUCUCAGAUAGUUCAUCCUAUUUACACACAUUCGGGGCUUAUCAAGACGCUUCCCGAAUUAACAUCUUCGGUUUGUUCCUCCAUGAGUCUCCUCUGUUUAGCUGAAGGACAGGCUGUGACGGUGAAGAAGGCUAAAGAAACGGGGACAAGUGCAAGUCUAAUGACGAAACUCCAUUACGGUGUGACACAAUUUGUUACUGAAGCCAACAUUCAAGAUAAAGAGCUCUCGUUCCGCUUUUCGGAUUAUGUAUCGACAUUGGGUGCUUUACAUGAGCUGAAGAGCGGAAAAAACUUAGCGGAAAGCUUGGAAUCAGAAGGGAAAGUAGGGGAAGCCAUAGGGGUCUUGCGCCGCGCAUUGGCCACAACGAAGAAGACUACUCAAUCCCGAGAUAGCACGUGGAAGUCGAUAUUCAGUAAAGAGAAAGACCAAGUGACUACAAUGAUGAACAAGUACGAACGGUUAAACAAGUCCAUGAUGCUUCAACGUAUUCCUUUAGAAGCUGAAUUGCCUCUUCUUCAAGGUGAAAAGAUUGUCAGGCUAAUUACUUACCAUCCCACCAAAAAGGAGAAAGAACUUAACUUUGAGUUGAAACCAAAAAAGUAA